CCCUCGGUGCAGAAGAUGGGCGGAGGCAGAAAGAAGACGGUGUCCUUCAGCAGCAUGCCGUCAGAGAAGAAGGUGAGCAGUGCCGCAGACUGCUUGGCGUUCAUGCAGGGCGGCUGCGAGCUGAAGAAGAUCCGGCCCAGCUCGAGGGUGUACUGCCGGUUCUACACGCUGGACUCGGACCUGAGCUGCCUGCGCUGGGAGCCGUCCAAGAAGGACGGAGACCGAGCUCGACUCGACGUCUCCAGCGUCCGAGAGGUCCGCACGGGGAAGAGCACCGAGACCUUCCUGCAUAACGGACCGCUGUCUGAACACCUGGCUGAGGAGGCGGCGUUCUCCAUCAUACACGGAGACGAGUACCAGUCUCUGGACUUGGUUGCGUUGUCAGCAGACGUGGCCAACAUCUGGGUGACAGGGCUCCGCUACCUGCUGGCCCACCCCUCUGUGAUUGGAGGAGCUGGAGGAGGAGGAGGAGGAGGACUCCUGGGUGAAGGAGGUUUGGCUGUAGAUGGAAGCCUGGGGAGCAAGAUGAGGAGCGAGUGGCUCGAAGCAGAGUUCGCCGAGGUGGAUGAAUCUGGAAACGGCAUCGUGUCUGAGGACGUGGCCGUCUCUACGAUCUGUAAACUGAACCCUGGAAUCAAGGAGGCUAAGGUGCGUCUCCGCUUCAAAGAGAUCCAGCGCAGUAAGGAGAAGCUGACCUCCCACGUGACCCGUGAGGAGUUCCAGGAAGCGUACUGCGAGCUCUGCACCCGGCCGGACGUGUACUUCUUACUGGUCCAGCUGUCGAAGGACCGAGAGUGCCUGGACCCGCAGGACCUCCGCCUCUUCCUGGAGACGGAGCAGGGUCUUUCUCUGGCGACCACAGAGGGCUGCUGGGAGCUGCUGAGGCGCUACGAGCCGUCCGCUCAUGGGAAGGAGAGAGGGCUGCUGGGACUGGACGGAUUCGCCCGGUACCUGCAGUCUCCGGAGUGUCAGCUGCUCGACCCCGAGCACCUGGGAGUGUGUCAGGACAUGAACAUGCCUCUGUCCCACUACUACAUCAGCACGUCGUACCGCUCCUACCUGCUGGACGAUCAGGUCCACGGCAGGGCGGAUCUGGGAGGUCUGAUUAAAGCUCUGCAGUCCGGCUGUCGCUGCGUGGAGCUGGGAGUGACGGACGGCCCCGAGGGCGAGCCUCUCCUCGGGGUGGACUACGGGCCGGACAUCCCUCGCCAUCAUCAUCACCACCAUCAUCACCACCAUCACCACGCCCCCGUCACCAUCCGCUCAGCUCUGGAGGUGGUGAACAAGUACGCCUUCCUGACCUCGCAGUACCCGCUCCUGAUCUACCUGUGUCAGCGCUGCUCUCCGGGGCAGCAGCGUACGAUGGCGCAGCACCUCAGGAAAGUGUUCGGCACGCGUCUUUACACGCCGGAGGCACUUCCUGUCAGCCUGGGGGGGCGGGCCACGACUUUACCCUCCCCCGAGCAGCUGAAAGGACGCAUCCUCAUCGUGGGGAAGAAACUCCCGCCGGACCAGGACGGGUCGGACGGGGAGGUCUCCGAGGAGGACGAGGAGAUCGGAGGAGGCGGGCCGCUGGCUGGUCGGAGGAUGACCAUCCCAGGUGAGGAAGAACUGGGCGUGGUCUUAGUGGUGCCUCCGCCCUCUCAGCCCAGGAAGCUCCGCCUCCAUAAAGACCUCUCUGACCUGGUGGCGAUUGCUCGCACUGGAAGCCGCAACUUCUACGCCCAGAGAGCGAGUCACAAGCAGGCGCAGCAGCAGUCCCCGCCCAGCAGCCCCUCCUCGCCCGGCACGCCGGUCCCCGAGCUGCCUUACUGGACUCUGUGCUCGCUGGGGGAGGGCGAGGCCGGGCGACUCACCACAGAGAGCCCGGAGGACCUUGUAAUGUUCACAAAGCGCACUCUGACCCGGGUACGGCCCAGCUCAGUGCGUCUGGACUCCAGUAACCCGAACCCACAGGGGUACUGGAAGGGAGGGGUCCAGCUCGUGGCCUUGAACCAGCAGACCCCCGGCGCCAUGCUGGACCUGCACAGAGGACGGUUCUCUCAGAACGCAGGGUGUGGUUACGUCCUCAGACCGGCCGUGAUGAGGGACGAGGUGUCGUAUUUCAGCGCUCACACUCAGGGCUGCGUGCCGGGCGUCCCGGCUCAGACUCUGAGGAUCAAGGUGAUCAGUGCUCACAACCUGCCAAAGCCUCAGGGAUCCGGGGCGAAGGGGGAGGUCAUCGACCCGUACGUGGUUCUGGAGCUGCACGGCGUUCCCGCGGACUGCGCCGAGCAGAGAACACGCACCGCUGCUCAGAACCAGGACGACCCGCUGUUUGACGAGACCUUUGAGUUUCAGGUCAACAUGCCGGAGCUCGCUCUGCUGCGCUUCGUGGUCCUAGACGACGACUACAUCGGGGACGAUUUCAUCGGCCAGUACAGCGUGGCUUUCGAGUGCCUUCAGCCCGGAUACCGCAACGUGCCCCUGCUGGGCAUGGCGGGAGACCCCUUACCCCACACCAGCCUGUUCGUCCACGUGGCCGUCACGAACCGGAGAGGCGGCGGGAAGGCUCACCGGAGAGGCCUGUCCGUGAGGAGGGUGGGCAGGAGAGGGAGGGAGUACGUCACGCUGAGACACACCGGCAUCAAGGUGGUGGACGAGACCUUCAAACCUGCAGGGUCUCUGCUGAAGGAGGCCACGGACCUAGGGAGGAGGCGCAGCACGACGGCCAGCUUCAAAGAGCAGUGUGGGCUCCCCACGGUGGCCAAACUGAAGCAGUGCAUCCAGAGUCUGGCCACGAGGCUGCAGAGCCCUGAGGGGACGAUGGGGGCCACCAUGGUUCUGAAGGAGGGGUACCCGUGUCUGGAGGCUCUGGUGAACCUCUCGGAGGCGACACGAAAACUGCUCUCAGCGUACGACACGAUGAUCGCAGCUCAGAAACAGCUGAUCGAGAACGCAGACGCCGUCCAGGAGAGGUUCGCUCAGGUGCAGAGAGAAGGGAUGGACUUUCAUGAAGAGCUGUCUCGACUCGGAGAGAAGGAGGGACUGAAGGGACGGAAGCAGAACAAAGCUGUGGAGAGUUUCACCUGGAACAUCACCGUGCUCAAGGGUCAGAGCGACCUCCUUCGUGGAGCUAAGAUGGAUUCUCUGGACGCUCUGAGGCAGCUGGCUCUGGCGUGCGAAGCCUGCGGACUCACCUCCUCCUCCUCCAACUCCUCCACCUUCUCCACCGCCGAGCUGCACUACACCUCCCACCCUAUGUCGGGCCGCCGGAGCAGCACGCACGGAAACGGACGCAUCUGACAGCCGCUCCGGGUCCAGGGCGCCGCCAAAGACGAACGGCGAGCGGAGGGAGUGAUUACCGAUGAGGGUGAGGAGAGAGGAGGUGAGGGUGUGAAGAUCAGCGAGGGAGACGGAGGAGCGUUUCCCUUUAAUGCAGUACGAGUCCGGACCAGUCUGGACCGGUCUGGACCGCAGCAGUAAAUCUGUUCAAGCCUUACGGGAGGUCCGGCCUGCAGGAAGGCUUCUUAUGAAUGUUGAGACGACGCUCCACACGGGUCCUUGAACUCCUCACGCCUCCUGCUUACUUUACACAGAGAACACGUCUCUACAUCUCCACUCUGCAGGUCCCCGCUCAUUAGAGAGGACAACAUCGAUUCAUCUGUGACAGCGAGGACGUCGCUGAGACCGUGUUUAACGGCCCUGUCGGUGUUUCAUUUCAUUAUCAACGCAGAGCAGAGGGUCGUCUCUGCAGCACGGAGACCACAGGACGACUGUGUGUGUGUGUGUGUGUGUGUGUGUGUGUGUGUGUGCGCUCAUGUGUGUGUUUACACCUGGCUGCAAACGAGGGAGAGAAACCUUUUCAAUAAGAAAGACAAGUUUAGAAGGUAUCUGAUCCAAGUGGUCGACUUUAUUCUUUUAAUACUUCUUUAAAAUCACAAAAUCUUCAACUUUUAUUUUGCAGAAGAAUCUCCCAUUCAUAAAACUUCUCUUUAGAGCAAACAUUUGGAAACGUGCAAACUCCAAACUGCAGAUUAAGGAGUCUUUAACUGAUUGAAAUCAACACUGAAGCUCUUUAUGAGCCACAAAAACAAACAGGACCGUCUGCAACAAGAUUUUUAUAUUGUCUACAUCAAAAUACUGACCAUGAAUGAAACCUUUAACCAUUAUAAGACAGCACGGUGAGAUCUGAAUGAUAGGCUGCACGUCUUUGGCCACAGGGGGCGCCAAAGUCAACACUCCUUAUAGCAGCUUUAAGGCUCCUGUGAGGAAUUUUCAAACGGUCAUGAAACAGCUG